CGCGUGCGCAACACGACGCGGAGGGAGGGGGGAACACUCCUGGUGCUCCGAGAGGGAGCGAAACUUCGGAGUCAGGGUGGGACUGCCGAGUCGUUCAGUCUCUCCUUCGUCGAUCGUCCAACACACAACAAAAUGGCGGAUAAGGAUAAGAAAGUAAAGAAGAAGAAGGCGAAAGAAGACGCGCCUGCAGAGGAGGCUCCGGCAGCGGCGGCGCCAGCGGCUGGUGGCGACAGGCAAUCCUCACGCGGCAGCCGUAAGGCCAAGCGCACCGGCUCCAAUGUCUUCUCCAUGUUCUCACAGAAGCAGGUCGCCGAAUUCAAGGAGGCCUUCCAGCUAAUGGACCACGACAAGGACGGCAUCAUCGGCAAGAACGACCUGCGCGCCACCUUCGACUCCCUCGGUAGGCUAGCGUCAGAGAAGGAGCUCGACGAUAUGGUCAGCGAGGCCCCCGGCCCCAUCAACUUCACCCAGCUCCUGACCUUGUUCGCGAACCGCAUGUCCGGCGGGUCCGACGAGGAUGACGUCGUCAUCAACGCCUUCAAGACCUUCGACAAUGACGGCAAGAUCGACUCCGAGAGGCUCAGGCACGCCCUCAUGACCUGGGGCGACAAGUUCUCCGCCGAUGAAGUGGACGAGGCCUACGACCAAAUGGAGAUCGACGAUAAGGGCUUCAUCGACACCACCAAGCUGAUCACCAUGCUCACCGCCAGCGCCGAGGAUGAGGAAGGCGGUGAAGCUGCGUAAUAACACCGUUAUCGAAGGUCUGACGUAAUGGUCGUCGCCACCCGACCACUCGGUUCCAUAACAUCGGAUUAAAGAGCAACAUGCAAACCGAGAACUUUUUAUUAUAAUUUCUAUUAUGUAAUAAUUUAUUGUUUCCAUUUUUUUAUUUAUAUAUAAUGAAAAUAUAGUUCUACUAUUACCAACGCGUGUAGUUCUCUCCCCGAGACGAUGUGAACGUGUCUGGUCUCGAACUCCAGCACCACACGACAGCAGAUGUAAAUGAUACCAUGUAUUCAUUUUGUGCUUUUGCAAAUAAAGUUUCAAUCAAGUCUGA